GGUGCAGAGUCAGUCAGUUGUACCGAUAGCCUGCAAUGCUGCAUCAACUACCCCGUUUUAAAGUAAGGGGAAAAAAUGGGGAUAAAAUCCCCGCACAUGAAGUCCGUUAGUUAAACGCAGAAAUGCACUAAUGUGUCCAACGUCGAGACACAUGUUUCACCACGGGAUGAGAAGAUCUCUGAAUAGAAUGAAAAUAGUUACAUUUACUGAGCGGAAUCGGUUUCAUUGUUUCAUCUCGAGUCUCUAGGGGUUAACUCACAUUGGCCGAGAAAGCCCUGCGUCUUCCCGGCUGCGUGAGUACAGUAGCGGCAUAGAGGGCACAAUGUGAACCCGAAACGUGCACGAAUAUUAUGUCUUUAAUCGAUUCUAAUACUGACACUUCAACUCAAAGGAGCGAAUCUGGCUGAUAACGAUCGCAGCGGGGAAUGAAAUUUUAGGUUAGAAAAAUGGAACCGAGAGCGCCAAGUGUAUACCUUCGCAGGAACUGAUGGUUGUACAAUUAAAAAAAUGCUUCAGCCAUUUACGAUGGACAGGCUGAGCGAGGAGGCGCUGAGGCUGAACCUUCUGAAGCGUGGCCUGGACACACCAGAGGGCAGUGAGGAGGCCCUGGCCAAGCGUCUCAAGAUGGAGGGCCACGAGGCCAUGGAGAGGCUCAAGAUGCUGGCUCUGCUCAAGAGAAAGGACCUGGCCAGCCUGGAAGGAGACCCCCGGUGCGGGCCUGGCCCUGGCUCGGCGGCCUAUGAGGAGAAAUUGAACGGGACCAUACGAGGAGGCGUGUCGGCCCAUGGGAGCCUGGGCCGCAGCGGCAAGGAGAACAUGGGGGACGAGCCGGUAGACAUGAGCGCCAGGCGCAGCGAGCCGGACCGGGAGCGUCACACGCCAUCUCCAGAUGUCAUCGUCCUGUCCGACAAUGAGGCCUCCAGCCCCCGGGCCUCCUCCCGCUCUGAAGACAGGCUCCGGGCCGCCAACGUGGAGAUGUUCAAGGGCAAGAGCGGCGAGGAACGUCAGCAGAUGAUCAAGGCCCUGAAGGAGGAGCUGCGUCUGGAGGAAGCCCGGCUGGUCCUACUGAAGAAGCUGCGGCAGAGCCAAAUGCAGAAGGAGAACCUGGUGCAAAAGGUGCCUGUGGUCCAGAAUGCCCCCUCCUCCGUGCAGACGUCUGCCAUCCACGGCUCCCAGGGGGCCACCAAAUUGCCAUCGCGUCCUGGCCACCACGGCCCAGAGACUCAGAACCUGCGAACAGCUCAGGGUCACACUGUGAUCCGAUCGGCCAGCAGCACCUCCAUGCCCCAGGUGAUGAUGUCGCCCCGCGUCAUCGCACCCAACCCCGCGCAGCUGCAGGGUCAGAGGGUGCCCUCCAAGCCCGGUGUGAUGCGCUGUUCCACAGGCGGCGUCGCUGGGGCCGUCGGCUACCAGCAGGCCACCAGCCAGCAGGUGUCGACCUCCCAGCGCUCGGGUUCCUCCGCCGUCUACAUGAACCUGGCUCACAUGCAGGCCACCGGAGCGGGGGUGGGCGCGGUCAGCCCCUCUGCCCUGCCCAGCCCGGGAGUGGGCUCUCUGUCGGACUCGGCUAGCAGCCAGGCAGCUGCCAAGCUGGCCCUGCGCAAGCAGCUGGAGAAGACCCUGCUGGAGAUCCCGCCCCCCAAGCCGCCGGCCCCACUGCUGCACUUCCUGCCUUCUGCCGCCAACAGCGAGUUCAUCUACAUGGUGGGCCUGGAGGAGGUGGUGCAGAGCGUCAUCGACAGCCAGGGUAAAAUGCGAGCACCACCCUCACGCACAGAGCCCUUCAUGUGCGCCCAGUGCAAGACUGACUUCACCCCGCACUGGAAGCAGGAGAAGGGCGGGCGCAUCCUGUGCGAGCUCUGCAUGACAAGCAAUCAGAAGAAAGCGCUUAAGGCAGAGCACACUAACCGGCUGAAGAACGCGUUCGUCAAAGCCCUGCAGCAGGAGCAGGAGAUCGAGCAGCGGCUCCAGCAGCAAGCCGCUCUGUCCCCCAGCUCUGCCCAGACCGUGCCCAGCAUCAGCAAGCCGGACUCCAUGAUCCGACACCACGCGCUCAGACAGGUGUCUCAGCCCCAGGCUUCCCAGCCACCGGCCUCCCUCCAGAGGGGCCUGUCCGGCUCCGCCCAGGGAGUGCUCUCCAACUUCGCCCAGGCGUCCCAGCUCUCGGUGGCCAGCAGCCUGAUGGGCAUGACAGGCAAGCGCUGCGGCAGCUCCGGCGGCCGGGCGCAGCACGAGAGCCGCCGCCAGCUCUACAGCAUCCCCGGUACAGGCGACGUCGACAUGGGAGCCAGGGGUCGCAUGACAGGCGUCCAGGGAGCCAGGCGGGGGCUGAUCGCCUCUCUCUCUCCCUCCUUCACAGGGGUGAACAUCGCCUAUCUGAACCCUGGGGGGGUCGCAGCCCACAAGGUGUCCAGUCUGGCCGAUCGACAGCGGGAGUACCUGCUGGACAUGAUCCCCCCUCGAUCCAUAUCGCAGUCCAUCACUGGACAAAAAUGAGCCCCGCCCCCCCCUGCCCCGCCCCGCCCCUCCCCCACGCACACACUGCAACGUAGCUGCCCCCUCCUGUCGCAUGCAGUGCCUGUUAGUGUGCCUACCAGCCAACAGCAACACGGUCAACGAAAGGAAACGAGAAAAAACUAACAAAAAUAACGGGAUUUACUUUCACGUGCAUUUUCACCAUCAUUAUUAUUAUUACGGCCACUGCUAUAUUACUGCAACUGUUAGUUAUUGUUCCCAGUGUCCGUUCGUGAAAUUCUGGCCCAGGUCUCUCCUCGGCCUGAUCUCGUCAGCUUGGCCCACGGUUCCGCUCAUGCUCGUGCCGAUCCAUGGCGAGCGAAACGGGCCGCUUCAGUUACGGGACGUGCGGUUCCCUUUCGCCGCCAGCGUUUGAUGAGAUCAGCUUCGUUGGAUCCAUCCGGACAUAACCGUUAAAGCACGGCACCAUCCAGCAGCUGUGUCACAAAACUUAUUGUUUUUUUCUCUUUCCCCCAAGCCAGGGGUGAGGCAUGAUGGGAAAUGAGCCCUGCAUGUUGGGGUAUGGCGGAUGCCAGGAAGUGCAUGCUGGGAUGUGGCCGAUGCGGGCGGUCAGCCUUGUUCCGGGGUGGGAGGACAGUGCUUUUGAGUGGCACAUUCCCGGGUCCGUCCCGCCUGCUUGCCGGCGAUCCUGGGAUGUAGGUGAGAAGGCUUGGAGGUCACCGCUUUCAGUGUUACGAAGGUGCUUGGUGCCCACCGCCCACUUUGUGACUUUGACAAGUUGGGACUGACUUUAGUUUUUGAUUUCUUUCUGCAUUUACUGCAAUUUAGAUUAGCAUCAUGCUCAUUAUCAUUUUUACUAUUAUUAUUAUUAUUAUUAUUAUUAUUAUUACUACAUGUAGUAUUUUCAAUCCCUUACGGUCCUCUCCCUUGUAGUGGGGGCGUUUUGUCAGAGUGGGGCACCCUCAGUCAGGGAGGGGGGGGAAGGGGGUGCAGUGUUCCUGUGAAAAGCUUAGAGCACUUCUUGCCAACUUCAAAUCUACGGCGUCUUCUCUGGGGGAGGUUGUACACCUGAGAGGUGCUUCACCUGGGAGACGAUAAUGAAAAAGCUAGCAGACUAUAAUGCGUGUCAGAUGUAUUCUAUAUAUAUGGGUAAGACAGAAGCAUAGGUUAAGACUAAACAUGAUUAUAUUGCAGGGCUAGGAUUAAAGUGUAUACCGGCAAUGCAUCGGGGGGGGGUGCGGGGUCAUCUUCAUUGUGCCCCCGCAUGCUUUCCGUGAACCGAAACAGCAGUAGAAUAGGAACACCAAUCAGACCUCAAGAGAGAGCAGGAAGUGGCCGUAGGUGGGUUUGCUCUGUCUCAUGCCGUUGAAACAGCCGUGGUGUGCGGUGGCAUGGAUGUCUUAAGUUUUUGUACCGUCUAGUUUUUCAGCUCAGCAUUUUUUGUGUUCUCACAAUUAACCUCCCGCUUCCCCCCCCAGUCAGUGAGAAACAUGAAGAGGGAGGUGGGAGUGUAGGGAGGGGGGGGGUUAUGUGCAGCCUGAAUAGUGUAGCAGUGGCCCCAAGUGGUGAUGGGGGGGGUGGGGGGAAUUGAGGUCUUUGCACUUGUUGUGGGCCACAGCCGUCACGAAUUGACUGGUCGGCUGCCCCCCCCACUGAGGGAAUAUGGUGCCCAGCAUGGGCAUGUGGGCAGCAGUGCUGGGAAGCUUCAAUCCGCAGCCCUAACGCGUGUGCUUGGAAAUCUGUGGGGCCUGCAUAACCGUUAUCUCAUGGGGGGCGGGUUGGUUGGGGGAAUCCCAGCACACCCCCCCCCCCCCCAAAUAUUCCCUCGUACACGGCUGGUUUCCCACAUCCUCCACCUUCGAGGGAGCCUGUCGUCCUGACGCUUUCCUUCCUGCUGGCCUUUCGUAGCUGGUUCAGUUUGCAGGGUGUAUUUGGGGGACUUUGCGGGGGCGUCCGUUCGCGGGACGGGGCCUUCGGCCCGCAGCGUAAUUGGCCCCUGGCUCCGGUAUCCUCAUGGACAAACUUGAACAGCAGGUGCAAUAUGGGAGAAGUCACGCGGCGACACGAUUAUGAGCAGUGGCUUCUCGUAAUUUAUUUGAAUAUUAAUUAAUGCACGUCCAGCUGGUCAGCCCACGAGUCAGUGCAGCUCUUGCUUUUAAGUACGGCGUUGAGGGUUUGUUCUUGCUUUUGUUUGUGACGUUCUCUGUGUCACUGCUGACACUCAUCUUUCAUAUAAAAAUCUCAUUUUCACAUUAAAACCUUCGCAAACACGUGCAAGCAUACAUGAUCUGACACACACACUCGCACGUACACGUGCACACGUACUAUGCGUAAUUCAUUAGUGUAUCUUUCUUUUAUUAACCAGAAAAAUAAACAAUUUUUGAAUGUCUUCUUUUUAAAGGUUUAAAUAUUUUUAGAACUUGACUUCCUCUGGCUUCUUGAAUCCGUUCUGUGUUUCUGAUGGGUUUUCAUUUUUGUAAUAAAGAAAUAUUAAAAUUUAAACAAACAAAAAGAUUGUUUGAGCUAUGAAAUGAAAUGACAAUAUUUACUAGGCCAGAAGUAAUAAUAAUGACUUAUUGUACAUAAGCUUUUUUUUUCCUCCUUGGACUAAGAAAAAAAAAAAAUAAAUCAUUGAAAUUAAGAUGGUUGUAUAUUGUGUAGAGAGGUAAACAGAAAGCCAUGACUAUUGUGAAGCUUGUCAUUUUGUUUUGUGAUCACUGUGUAUUUGUGCUACAAAUGUGCAAAAUGUAUAGCGUUCUGACACCUCUGGGUUCUUUUUAUGACAAUAAUAAUGAUUAUUUUUACUAGCUACUCGGAAGCAUUCGUGCCCAGCGGUGUAACCUUUCGUUUCCUGAUGUCCUGCUGGAGAAUCCCUUUGCUCCGUUUCACAUGCGGUCUGCAGGAGCAGUACUGAAUGUCCCAUUCUUCUGCAUACUCUAUUAUCAUGUUCCCAUUACAGGAUCCUAAUGCAGCUCAGCCGAUUUUUUUUUUUUUUUUUUUUUUUUUUUUUUUUUUUUUAAUUUAUAUCUUUUUUUUUUUGUGUGUGUUCUUUGCCUUCCUCCAACUUAAGCAAAUACUUUUGCCUUACAACCGGAAGUGGGUCGAGGGAACCUGAAAGGACAAAAAAUUAUCGCCGUUUUCUUUUUUUUCCUCUAAACGUGCGUUGAAAGACUUUAACGCUUUCUACAUGAAGUUUUUGACUCCGUGGUGGAGUCCUCUAUUUCCACAUUGGUUGAAGAAGCAAUGGACCCCCCCCCCCCUCCCCCCCCCACUACACACACACUGCCUGGCCCUAAAUGACUUUGUUCCAUUUAGCGGGUUCUGUAAUACAUGGUAUCUUACCAAAAGGUCACCAAAAAUUUGACACGUACAUAUUAUUAUUAUUAUUAUUUGUCUUUCAGAUUUGCUUGAAAGUAGUUGAAAUAAAAUAUGUCAAAUACAAUUGGAUAUGACCAAUUUUCAGUGUUUUCCUGGUUUUGAUGUACGCUGGGUAAGAGCCCUGGUUUUCCCACGCAACUCGAGCACGAACACCUGCUCCCAACACGGCAAUGUUAAGAGGUCUCUGGGUAACAUGGACAUGCAGGUCUGGAUCCGGUGCUGCAGAGUGUCGUGUAGGAGGCCAUGACCAUAUACUGCCUUGUGUCUGCAUGGGGUCACUCUGAAUGCUCGGUUUCUCAUGAGUUUCUUCACGUCAUACUUGUUGCUAAGAAAUGGAUGGAAUCGGGUUGCGUCUUCAUGCAGGGGUUAAGUCUGCUAUCUUCAAGCCUGCUUUUAAGAUGCAAAGCAUACAGAGUUAGGGGGGUGGGGGGGGGCUUGUGUUUUUACACCAGAAGACGAGCUGAAAGUAUGUGCAUGCAGUGCUGAGGCGCUGCUGAGACGCCCGGUAUCCACAGGCAUGGGUUGAUUUAAAUGGGACCAGGAUGAACGGUACUGAAUUGGAUCUUAAUGAUAAGAGUGAAACGAUAGCUUUCAGUUGUCGUUUCACAAUGAAUUCAGACCUUUUGCACAUAAUUUAUAUUUAUGUUCCAAGAAAAAAAGAAUUGCUGUUUGAAUACUGCCAACUGAUUUAUAACAAUUAGAGACAAUUAAUGAUUAUGCAUUGACUGAAAGAAGCUAAUUUUGGAGGAAAUAACUUUGUAAUAGAUAUCUGUUUAAUAAAGGAUGGAUACAUUA